AUGCGCUUCCAGCCAAUCGCACUUCCCCUGCUACUGAGUGCAGUAGCACAAGCCACCCAAAUCUUUAGCAAUUCCGGUACUGCCUCAGGAUGGGACUGGAUGAACAUAGAACACUACGGCACGGUAGAGCAAGUGACCGACAUAGUCUACAAAGGGACAACCGCACUGAAGAUGACCCAAGUGUACGACCAAGCCUACACGGAUCACUACCGCGACGAGGAAGACCAGAGUGACAACUUGGUCAAACCAGGCCGCUACCACGCAGAAGCUGUCAAGAACGAGGUGUAUAAACUAGACGACGAGGGCUUUUACGGUUUCGCCUUCCGACUGAAUGAUGCCUGGCAAUUUUCGCCCGUUCAGUCGUACAACAUCGCCCAGUUCAUGGGCGAGUUCCCUAACACGGAUUGCGAAUACUUUCAUUGGAUUCCCUCUAACAUGAUUUAUCUCUUUGGAGAUCAGUUGUAUGUCCGUCAUCGAACAGGCAGUGUUUGUGCGCCCAAGACUACCAUCUUUAGUAAUGUCGCUACCGUGAACGCGGGUGAGUGGCAUAAGGUUGUAAUUCAGGCAAAGUGGAGGGCCGAUGGUACUGGCUACUACAGGCUGUGGUUUGAUGGGGUGAGCGUGCUGGAGGAGAAAGACGUUGAUACUACGAUCGACGAUGAUCGUGCAUUUCAGUUCCGCGUCGGGAUUUAUGCCAAUGGCUGGCAUGAUGAUGGUGGUAUGAAGGGAACCCAGGGAACGCGCCAGGUGUGGUAUGAUGAGAUUGCUGUUGGUACUACGUUUGCUGAUGCCGAACCUGAUCGGUGGUAA